AAUGUCUUAGAUACUUUAGGAUUAAUUUAAUAUUCCUCAAGAUUUAGAAAUCUAUUAGGAUUAAUAUCCUGAAAAUAUAUUUGAUGAAUCAUUUGGAAUUUGGCCAUUCAAUAUGGCUGUUUUUAAGGAAUGUAAAUUUAUUUGGAGAGGAGUCUUAAAUUUAGACGGAUUAAAAGAGAAAUAUCAUUCAAAAUAAUUGGAAUAACAUUUAUAAAAUCUUAAAUAUUGA